UCUAAUCUCGUUUAACCUACGUAACGUCACGUUAUAUCAUGUUCCGUUCUCAGUCUAGCUACUUUCUCCACCAAUCAUCGCAGUUUACUCGUGGUUCCCUUGCACAAAACGCAGAUGAAAAUUUUACUCGGUGAAGGAAAUACGAAGAUUUCCUUUCUAGUUUUGGAACACCUCCGAGUCAUAGGCGAGAAACCAAUCGGAAACGCUCGUAACGUUUUGGAACAAUCUUUGAGUAAAAUUUUCCUCGGAGAGGACGUUUUAGAAUGUAGCCUUAGCAAGAAAGAAAGUUUGGCUUGGGACACUAUUCCUGCCGAUCAGUGUACACCAUAGAUUUUGUACUGACAGUAAUUUUGAAACACAGCCGAUGUAAUGAUGGGUAAGUGGCAGAAAUGCAAAAAACGUUUUCAAAAUAAGUGGUUGACAGAGCCAAAAUUGAAGAGUGAGUAUCACAUUUAUACCAUCUUAACCUUAUUUUUCUGUAUACUAUAUACUUUGAGAUUAAGUUUAUAUAUUAUAUAUAUAUGUUCAGUGAGAAAUAAUAGUUGAAAAAACAAUAAAUUAAAUAAAUGUUAAAUUAGCCAUUGAAUCAAGUUUACGUCAAGUAAUGCCUAUUCACCACGGUUUUUUAACUACCAUUUCCUAUGGAUGCACAGAUUGGCUUGAAGAAACCUGUCAGGAUGAUGUAUUAAAUGGUAAGCCGGAAGCGUACUGCAAAUUAUGUAAGUGCCAUUUGCGUGCACACCAUAGUGAUUUUAUCACCCAUCAAAAAUCUAAUAAGCAUCGUGAGAAAGAGAAAGCCUUAGAUAGAAGAGUACAAUUUUCAUUGCCACAGUAUGAUCUGCAGCUAGCUGUUUACAUAGCUAUGCAUACACCUAUUAAAUCUGUGGAUCAUCUUGGAGAACUUUUGAAGAUCUUAGGAAAAGUGAGUAAACUUGAGCAUGUCCGCCAUAGAACAAAAUGUUCCAAACUUAUUUUAGCUGUUGUGUCAUCAGCAUUAUUAACUGAGCUAGUCCAACAUGUGUGGGAUUCCCCGUUCUCAAUUAUAGCAGAUGAAUCUACCGAUGUGUCUACGUCUAAAUUUAUGGGUCUCUGCAUCCGUUUUUACAGCCAGAGAGAAGAAUCAAUAGUAACAGAUUUUCUAGGCAUAGUUGAAGUUACUAAAUGCACCGGUGAAAUUCUUGCAAAGACACUCUUGGAAUAUCUUUGUAAAAUUGGUCUUCCCCCAAAAAAUCUUUUUGCAAUUGGCACAGAUGAUGCUUCUAACAUGUGUGGAUUGAAUAACUCCUUCUAUACUCAUUUAAAAAAAGAAGUACCGAACUUGCAGAUGAUAAAAUGUGUUUGUCAUUCUUUGGACAAGUGUGCUCAAUAUGCUUUCCGCAAAAUGCCUGAUUACCUAAAUUACUUGUUAAAAGAAACAUACAAUUGGUUUGCUUUAAGACAGAGUGAAUACAAAGAAUAUUACAAGACUAUGAAUAAAGGAAAAAAUCCUGGAAAGCUGCAGAAACUUUGUGAUACUCGUUGGAUGUCAUGGCUUCCAGUUGCUUCUGAAAUUCUUAAUCAAUGGACAGAAUUGCAUGGGUUCUUUCGGAUAAAAGCCUCUGAAAAUGAUUAUAAGGCUUUGACUUUUACAGAAAUCCUUGAUGAUCCAACCAAUCUAUUGUAUGUGACUUUCUUGAAGUCAAUUCUACGCGAAGUGCAUUUCGUCAAUCUCGCAUUCGAACAAACAAAUGUUGAUAUCACAAAAGUGUACUCCGAUCUUCGUGUUCUUUUUUUUUCUCUCUCUGCUCGUGUUUCUCUCUCUGCUCAAUCAAUUGCUGAAACCAGUAGAUCUGGAGUGUUACGCUCAGUUGAGAUCCAGAUGCUGAAAAAAGCCCUGUCAGAGUUGCCAGUUCUUGAAAUAAGCCAGUAAUUCGAUUCCAUAUUUAAUAUUAACUUAAGAUCAUCUGUAAAUAUACCUUGUGGCCAAUAAAAUAAUCCAUAUAUUUGAAGAUAAACUCAAAAUAACUUUAAAUAUAAGAUCAGAUUAUAAAUAUCGAUUUAAAUAUCCUAUAUCUCAUUUACAGGUUACCAAAGUGUGUUGUCAAACUUUUAUUCCUAGUAAGAAUAUGCUAUCCCGAUUUAAUUUUUUCAUGUAUACUUUAUACCACAGUAAGGCUGAGAUUCCAAAUAGUUCUGCACUAUCCACUGAAGAUGACAUUGAAAAUGAGGAUUAUAUCGCACUUGCUUAUUUUGAUAGUAAUAAAACAGAAGAGUACAUAUUAUUUUCUAUGCUAGAUCUACCCGUUGAGUCAUUGUGAAGUAUGUUAUUUUUAUACUAAUAUAUGCAUACAUACGUAUUAUAAUAAGCUGUAAAUAUGUAAAUUUAGA